AUGAAUUUCCAGCAAGGAAUGGCUGUCCUCACAAUCGGCGAUGGAGAUUUUUCAUAUUCCUUGGCGUUGGCCAGAAUUCUAAAGCCGCAACUAAGCAAAAGUACUGUGAUUGCCACAAGCUACGAGUCUAGGGAGACGCUUCAGGAAACGUAUCCUCGAUUCGAGGAUUAUUCCAGAGAACUUGCUAGCCUUGGAGCCCAACUAUACUUCAACGUUGACGCUACGAGGCUCGCCCAGACCCUACCAAUUGUAGCAGAGUCGAAAUUUGAUCGUAUUUGCUGGAACUUUCCAUGUACUGCGAUCGCGUAUGGGCAAGACGGCCAAAACGAUGCAAUGGACAAGAACAAAGACCUUGUUCGACAAUUCGUUAAAGAUGCGAAGGAUCUACUUUCGGACUGUGGCGAAAUUCACAUCUGCCACAAGAGUAAGCCGCCUUAUAACCAAUGGGGGCUAGAACAUGUGGCGUUAGAGUGGCUCCCGCUAAACAGUUUUAUAUUCGCGGGCAAGGUCGUCUUGGACAGGUUCCUUUUCCCUCCAUAUCGCCCCCUCAAGGCCUUAGAUCGCAAAAGUUUCCCAUGUCAUGACGCCUGCACUUAUAUAUUUCGGUCAGCAAAGAGAAGCGAUGCUGAAGCCUUUUCAAGUACGAUUUGUGAAGAGGAAGUAGGAACAAAAAUGCAGACUGUACCCAUAACGGAAGACAUCAUUCUAUCGCUUCGACGCAACCUGCUACAGGAUGCCUCUCAGAAACGAAGAUACAAAGUGAAACGUAAGACGAAGUUUCGGCGAUGA